AUGCAUCAGUUGUCAGCGAGGACGAGGCAUAUGGCAGUAAAUACUCCUUUACUCGGCAAAGACGAGGGGAGAAUGAGGAAAUGUGAGGGUGCUUUUAAGAUUGAAGCCCGAGAGCAUGGCGUUUUGAAGUUAGAAGUUAAGGUUCUGCGAAGGCUUGAAGACUGCCCUUUCGUGCCCCAGCUUUUAGCGUCAGGGAAAAAGCCUGCAUACUCGUAUGUAAUAAUGAGCUUAUUAGGACCAAGUUUAAAUAAAAUAUUAAAGUUAGUCUUUUGUCAAAUCAUUUUUCCACACCGCAAUGUUCGACACAUAGAAUGCGAUCUUAGGUACUAUGGAAGAAUAUGUAGUAUCUCCACUCAAGUGCGUAUAGGAAUCAACGCUUUAUAUGCGAUAAAACAACUUCAUGAUUAUGGCUUCAUUCAUCGUGAUUUGAAGCCUGCAAACAUGGCUGUUGGACCCGUCGGCACGCCAUAUUUCCGAUUUGUUCAUAUUUUUGAUUUUGGCUUAGCAAGAGAAUACAUCGUCACAUCAUACAAAGACCCACCAAAGAUGCGUAGACCGCGGAAGAAGGUUCACUUCAGAGGGACAUUGCGUUAUUGCUCAAUAAACACGCACGAAAAAGGAGAGCAAGGUCGCGAUGACGAUUUAUGGUGCCUGCUUUAUAUGCUCGUUGAGCUUCGUGGGUCACUACCAUGGUCUAGAGCAAGGUGA